AAUCCUGUGUGUUUAUGUGGAUGUGCUCCAGGAGAUGUUCUGAUGCAAUCUGCUGCCAGCCCUCGUCUAAGGGAAUCUGCCUAGCAUUUCAAUUUUGAUGGGGAGCCUCUUUGAAUAAUAACUGUGAAGGUUGUGAGUCAGUACAUGUGUGUGUGUGUGUGUGUGUGUGUGUGUGUUGAUUGAGGAAGAGCGAGAGAGAGAGAGAGAGAGGGGGAGAGGGUAAAAGAAAAUCUCAGUGCAUAACGCUGGCGGAAAUCAGAGCUGCAGUCUUCCUUGUGCUUUUUCUCCUGGAGUUGUUAUUUCAACCCCUGAAUUGUAUUUGAGGGAGAUUAUUUUUUUUUAAAAAAGAAGUGACACAAGUAUCCUUUCGACAUGGGUGCAGUGAUGGGCACACUCUCCUCCUUGCAGACUAAACAAAGAAGACCCUCAAAAGGUCAACUGUAUGUUAUGGAUUACAUCACCCACCAAAAUAAGUCAGACAAAAUAGAAGAUGAGUUGGAGAUGGCAACAGUUUGUUAUCGACCAGAAGGACUUGAACAGCUUGAAUCACAAACGAACUUUAACAAAAGUGAAUUACAAGUUCUAUACAGAGGAUUCAAAAAUGAAUGUCCAAGUGGAGUUGUUAAUGAAGAUACCUUUAAACAGAUAUACUCACAGUUCUUCCCUCAUGGGGAUGCCAGUAUGUAUGCACACUAUCUCUUCAAUGCAUUUGAUGCUGCACAGUCAGGAUCCGUAAAAUUUGAGGAUUUUGUUGCUGCAUUGUCAGUAUUGUUAAGAGGAACCAUUCAUGAAAAACUGAGAUGGGCAUUUAACCUCUAUGACAUAAACAAAGAUGGAAAUAUAAACAAAGAGGAAAUGAUGAAUAUAGUAAAAGCCAUAUACGAUAUGAUGGGGAAGUACACCUACCCAGUUGUUAAAGAGGAUGCUCCAAAGCAACACGUAGAAGUAUUUUUUCAGAAAAUGGACAAAAACAAAGAUGGUGUUGUAACAUUAGACGAGUUCAUUGAAUCCUGCCAAGAGGAUGACAACAUUAUGAGAUCCUUACAACUUUUUGAAAAUGUGAUGUAGCACCAUGGAGACACCUGUUAUUUAUUGUGAAUAUUAUAAAACUGAAGCCGCAAUAUGGAAGAACAAAAAAAAAAAAGUCCAGUUCUCUUGAACACAAGGGGAUUUUGGAGCUCUGCCAUUAUUAAAGUAUUUAAGAGUUUUGUAUGUAUCCUAGUGGAGAAAAAUCUCAAAAAUCCCCCUGGUAAAAAAAGUCAAUAAAACCAUUUAAAUUUUAUAUCCUUUUUCAUGCAUG